UUUUCUUUCUUCUGAUAUUCCAUCAGGAGCAGAACGGCAGUCAGCAGAGACAGACGCAAGAGGAAAAGCAAAAGCUCCAGGAGAUGGCGAGAGAAAGAGCGAGGGAGCUGGAGGAAAAGGAGAGAGAGAAACUUAGACUUAAGGAAAAAGAGAGGGACAUUGAAAAAGAGAAAGAAAAAGUGCGAAAGCAGAGAAGAAAUUUCGAGUGGGACUUAAAUGAAGCCAAAGGGACGAGACAAAGAGAUGUGCGGGACAGAGAUGAAGAGGACAGGAAGAGGAGAAGUGAGUGGCAGACUGAAGAAGAGAAAGUUAAAGACAAUCAGCCACAAUUGAGUGAGCAGGAGAUCCUGGCUAAUCAGGAGCGUGCGCAGGAAGAGCGCCACCGCAAAGACCAACUUUUGGCCAAAAUGCGUGAGAUUGACAUGCAAACUCAGGCACAGGACACCGCCUUCUUUCAUGAAGAAACAAUAAGCACUCGCACUCCUCCCCAGAAUCAGAACACCUCCGUCUUCAGUUUCACGGAGCCUCACGAGUAUCUGAGCACACCCAAGACCGGGAUAAGGGGCGGAGUUUUGAGAUCACAAAAACUUAACCAGGAUCUUGACCUCACCUUCGGUAGCUACGCUCCAUCGUUUGGUAAACCCGCCCCUCGUGCAGGUCUCGGACACCGAAGCCCCAUCCAAAGUGUGGACGUGUCAUCAGGAGAUGAGAACGGAGGGAUGGAUCUCAGUGGGUUUGCGAAGGAGAAGAAGGCCAACCUAAUGGAGCAACUGUUCGGAUCUGCAGCCUCGUCCGCGCCUCAUGAGACGCCCAGCAAGAUGGAGCUCUUGAGUUCUCCCAGCACGAAACCUUCAUCAGGCGGACGCAGACGAGACGCCGAGACGCCGAACAGGCUGAAAAGGACCACGCUACACGUCACCGAGAGUGGCCCUGCUAUUAGAGCCAUUACGACACUCGAUGAUGACAUUGAGGAGGUCAAACUAUGAAGGAGUCAUAGUUCCAUUAAGAUGGUUAUUUUUUGACACUGAAAGAAUGAGGAAGAUUCCAUACUUUUUGUAAGUUAAUUCCUUCUUUUAAAUGAAAACCAAGCCUAGGGUGCACCGAGCUGCAGAGUCAGAUUCCUGACAUUCAUUUAAACAAACCACAGUGAACUUUGAUCUUUACACCCAGUAGAUUUCUAUAGCUUAAAAAAAUGACCUCAGUGUAACAACUGAAACAAUAAGCACAAAAAAACCUAACACACACAGUUCAUUUGGCACAAAUGCUCGCUUGUAAUUUUUAAACUAAAGUGGUCUUAGAUCUCUUUAUAUUUUUAUACUCUUGUCUUUAUAUCUUUAAAGGUAAGUCAAAAACAUAUUUGUAUAGGUUUGUAUAUUUUAAUAUAGUUAAAAAUUAAAUUUUAGACUUGACACUGACCUUACACGUAUAAGAAAAAGUUGAAUCCUAGUGAACCUUUUAUUAUUUGCACCAACUUUUCAUUAGCUUCCAAUCUGCAAUGUUUGCACUACAUUAUAAAGCACUAAACCGCAUUUCUUUUCCAUUAUCAACAUUAUUAUAUUUUUAAUAACUUAUUGAUAGUUAAUAUCUUGCACAAUUCAUAUCUUGAACAGAAUUUUAUCAAAACCUGAGUUACGAAAUACAAGUCAAACAUUAAGUAAUAUCUAUUUAAUCCUAAUGUGUGUUGUUGGCAAAAAGUUCAGGAAAAAAAAUAAUAAUGAGCCAGAAUACACUUCCUGGUCAAAAAAACCCAUCAAGUUUUAGAAGGCGCACAUCACGCAAAGAAAACAACUAAGGAUUUUGCUAAAAUGACUGAAAUCAAGUUAACUGUCUGACACAUUUUUAAAAAAUGAGUGUGAUCAGAGAUCGUUUAAAUGCUCACAGCUUGGUUUAGCUGCAUCAAACAAAUUGACAGUAGAAAUCAGACGUAUGUAUAAUAAUGAAAAUAAGUGCAUUUCCACACACACAAUUUGAUGAGAACUCACAGGUUUAGGACUAAACAGCAGUGUGGUCAUGAGAAAACCACUUGUUAGUGAGACUAAUCAGGGAACAAAUAAAUCUUCAAUUUUCUAGGGAGCAGAAAGGUUGGACUUUGGAGCAAUGGAAAAAGGUCACGAGGUCUGAUGAGUCCAGAUUGACUUUAUUCCAGAGCGAUAGGCGCAUCAGGGAAAAUAGAGAAGCGCAUGAAGUGAUGCAUCCAUCAUGCAUAGUGUCCACUGUGUUAUGAUCUGGGGUCACUUCAGGUCAGGUCUAGACUCAGCAACGUUAUGUGGCAAUAAAUUGUCAAUAAAGUCAGCUGAUGACCUGAAUGUACCAAAUGACCAGGUUAUCACAUCUAUGAAGUUUCUUUUUUCAGGACUCAAAUGUUAUUCCAGGAACGUGUGUUUCUGGGAGCAUGAGGAAUAAUUUUUAAACAUGAAUUGGCCAAAGCGCUGUGUGUCAUAAUCAAAGCUAAAUGUUCUGAAAUGGAAAUGUAACAGUGUGUGACUUUUUAUUUUUUUGAGUCAGGCAGUGUGUUAUUGUUCACUUUAAAAGAAUAAGCUUAAUAUUUGAUCUAAUAUCCGAUAUCUCAGGACUAAAAUUAAAAAUAAUCCCAUAUAAUGGCUUUACUUGUGGCUGUAGUGAUGGGAGUUGGUAAGCAUUCCAUAAUGGAUCAUCCGUUUAAGUAAACCAUACAAUGGUCGAUUAAUAUUCGGUUUAAACUGCACGCUAUGAUGAUUCUUGCACUCGUUGUGUUUCCUGUCAAUCAAUCUCGCUACUAUUUACUGAUCCUACACAUAGAGUACACGUCACAUAUAAGGUAUGCGUUAACAUUCUUUUACCUAACAUAGUUUCAAACAUGACACAGAUGUCAAAGCAGAAUACAUUAUCAUUGUAGACCAACUAGUAUUUACAAUUCUACGCAUAAUCCUUGUGACAGAAUUUACGCGUCACUUGUAUAAUUUCUCCUUAAAACAUGCUGGAGCGGCCUUUUUUACAAAAAUAUUAUAUGACAGGUCACCGUGAGAUAGAUUGUCCUGCAUUGUGAACAAGGGCAGUAAUCUGCAUAAUACGUGUGCACGUUUCUCUAACUUUAUACGUGUUUCUGUUACACAGCAGUUAACCUGGUGUACAGAAAAAAAAACAAGCAUCAUGUUGUGUUUUAGAAACUUUCAAUGAUUUAGUGUUUUUUUUUUAAAUACUUUUUCAUAAUAGACAGAAAAUCAACUAUAAUUGAUGAUCAUCCCAUCAAUAGUGUUUAGUUACAAAUUUUACUGUUUUGCUGUUAUUUUUGCACUUUGGGAAACAAUGGCCUAAAUGUCUAGAAAGGGGAGAAUUUUUUUGUUGUUGUUGUCUAAUGAGUUACAAUUAUUUUAUUUAUAUAUUUUAUUUUUUUGUUUACGAGCAGAAUUUCAACUUUUUGGUAAAACUCCUGGAAUUAUGACAGGUUUUUGUUGAACUUAUUAAAUAAAACGGCACAUUUACAAACUUAUUGUACUAAUAUAAACAUUAUAUUCAUGUUUAGAAGCUACAUAUAGCCACAUUGAUUUUUUUUUUAAUCUCUCAAGUAUGGAGGCAUGUGCCUACUUCUUUUUUAUUUUUAUUCAUGCUCUUCUUCAGGAAGUGUAUUUGUAAUCUUAAGUUUACUUUAUAGUCAGCAACCAAUGACGAGUUUAAAUACUCAGAUUAAAAUUGCCCUGUAAAUUCCCAGGUUGUGGAUAUGUUAUGAAGAGCACUUGUGAAAGAUUGUGUAAUUAAUGUGGUUUGUAUACAAAGGAAUGCUUCCAGUAAUAUGGAAUUUAUGUAAUAUAUCUCAGGGGAAGGCGGCACGAUCGCUUAGUGUUUAGCACUGUGGCGUUGCACCAUCAGGGUUCGAUUCCUGCUUCGGGUCUGUGUGCAUGGAGUUUGCAUGUUUUUCUUGUGCUUGGUGAAUUUUCUAUAGGUACUCCAGUUUCCUCCCACAGUCCAAAGACAUGCGGGUUAGGCUAAUUGGCGUUCUCAAAUUGCCCGUAGUGUGUAAAUGACAAUCGGGCAUCAAACUGGCACCCCGAACCCUUAAGUAACUGUCACAAAAACAACGGAUAUAUCUCCGGGGUGGGUAGUACUGUAUGUGUCACCUGAUGUGCCGGAUCUCAGGGGAAGUACAGAGCUGGAUUGAAUUCUCUGUGUGGUAAAGAAUACAGUGUACCACUACCACUUUAUUAAUUUUAUAUUUAUAUUUAAAAAAUUAUUAAAUGCACAAACAUGUAUAUACAGCACACAUUGGCUUAUAGUUAAAUAGGGACUUAAAUAAAGAAAUGGUGCAUUAUUUUUAAUAUGACGUGCGUGAUGUUAAACAUAAACGUUUUUUGUUUUAGAUAGGUUAAAAUCAUAAAAAUGAUUUCUGUUUAUUUCUAUGUAUAGAUGAAGAUUUUUAAUGUGGUCUCAAACUGUUGGAUCUCUAUAAGUUUGCAAAAGUGCUUAGACAGUGCAUUAAAAAAUGUAAGUCUUCAUCAUCAUGUUUCAUAUUUAGAUAAAAAUAUGCUUGGAUCUUUUUUUGUUCUGAUCAUAAUGAUUAUGAGAUUAAGUGCACCACUAUUGUACACUUACAAGUCUUUAUGUCUCGCUUUUGGCAAAAGUAUAUAGACACUUUUUGUUAUAGUAUGCUUGGUCGAUCAUUUGUAUGUGCACUUUGGUGUAGUG